AGACUAGCGCUCAAUGAGGAAGCGGAACAGCAGAGCCAUUUUCACCGUUGAAUAACCACCGCACGCCGUUUGCUGUGUGUGUUUUGAGAGAGAGAGAAGAGCUACGGGAGAAAGGGAAGAAGCAAGCUCUCCUCCUGGAUAAUUUUUUUUUUUUACCGGAGCGCUGUCCUCCUUCCUUUCUCACUCUUGCUGCUUGUGAGUGGGGGAGGCCCGGGGUGGACACACACAAUGGGGCGAGGAGCCUGUGGCUGCUGGGCCGUUGUGCUGCUGCUGAGAGGGGGAGGGGGUAGAGCGAAGGAGACCGGCACACACAGCUAACUCAGCCAGCCGGCUUCAGUCAGGCCUCCACGGGCAUAAUCUUACCCCGAUCCCUGGCCCUUUUCUGUUUUUUAAAAACAUUUUCAAGGAAUACCCAUCACUUAAGCCUGGAUCAAUGGAUUAAUCAUGUGUGGAUUAUUGUGGAUGGAUUUUGUGAAACGGAACUAGAUUGGAACCUUAAACAGAACCGAUCUCUCUUCCUGUGUUUGUGGGAAAAGGAGAGAAAGGGAGCCAAACUUCUCCUGUUAUUUUCUUUUUUUUGCUUUGUGUUGAGGGAAGCUUCUAGAUGGAUUACAAGAUGCAUGCCAAGUCUAACGAUCUGCUGGAUUUUCAGACUCUGGAUGCUCUUUUGGAAAAAAUGGCACAUUUUUCUUCUGUCUCUGUGAAAAGAGAGGCUAGUGAGGAGUGCAAUGGAAUCAGCGGUGCUCUCUCAGUGGAGUCGUCCGCGCCGCCGUCGAGACUGAACAACUGGUGUCCCGCGGCCACCGCCGCCCCAACCCUUACCCCUGCUCCGGCCCCUGUGCCCGCGCCCCCAGUCACCUCCGCAAGAAUGGGGGACGGCCUGGAUGCAACCACAGUGCAGAUGUCUUCGUCAGGCAGCAGUAGCAGCAGCCAGGGGGGGCAGCCCCAGCCCUCCACCUACGUACCCACCGUGCCAGAGUUUAACCCACCGCCCCCAGAGUACAUCAACCCGUUGCAGCCCAAGCGGCAGACCAACCAGCUGCAGUACCUGCUCAAGGCGGUGCUGAAGACCCUGUGGAAGCACCACUUCUCCUGGCCCUUCCAGGCACCUGUCGAUGCCGUCAAACUCAACCUGCCGGUCUGAACUUGAAGCCAGGCCCGACUAUGGAUUCUCCUUCCACCACCCCCCAGACGCGGGGCUUCUCCAGCCACUCCCCAGGCCCCCAGACCAGAGGACCACCAGUGCAGCAACAGACCCAGGACCAGGGGCCUCCAUCUCUACCUCCUCAGCCCCUCAUGCCAGCCCUGCCCUCCCGCGUGCCCCCAACGCUACCUGUCCACACCCAUGCCCACGCGCCACAGCUCGGGGCCCCCUACUCACUGGGCCCGUCGGACCUGCCCCUCCAGGCCCCUCCUAAGCUCCCUAUCAUGACCUCCGUGCCUCCUCCCCCCACCCAGACCACCCUGCCCCCCACGUCCAUUCAGAGCACCGCCCCCAUACUGCAGAACCCCGUGCCCAUGGCCAAACAGAGAAAGAGCCAGAAAAGGAAAGCCGACACGACCACCCCCACGGCCAACGACCAGCUGAGCGAGUCUUCUCCGGCCGAGUCCAAGUCGGGCAAGACGCUGCCGCGGCGAGAAAGCGCCAGGCCCGCCAAGCUUCUCAAGAAGGAGGCUCCGGACUCCCAGCACCACCUGGGCCUCGGGAUAGGUCUCGGUCUAGGGGGAACCGUAGGACCAGGGGUAGGGGCUCAUAGCCCCAAGCAGCAGGAGCAGCUACGGUACUGCUCCAGCUUGGUCCGAGACAUGUUACAUAAGAAGCACGCGGCCUACGCCUGGCCCUUCUACAAGCCAGUCGACGUGGACAUGCUGGGGCUGCACGACUACCACGACAUCAUCAAACACCCCAUGGACCUUGCCACCGUCAAGGUGAAGCUGGACAACCGGCAGUACAGAGACGCCCAGGAGUUUGCCGCCGACGUGCGGUUAAUGUUCUCCAACUGCUACAAGUACAACCCACCCGACCACGAGGUGGUGGCUAUGGCACGCAAACUACAGGACGUGUUUGAGAUGCGCUUUGCCAAGAUGCCAGACGAGCCCGAGGAGACGCUGGCUUCGGCUCCUGCCCCCGCGUUGCUCCAGUCCUCUGCCCCCAUCAUCAAGUCCCAGCCGCCUCCCAUCCUAAACCCCGCCUCCUCCAUCCUAGGUCCCGCCUCCUCUGUCAAACGCCCCGCUUCCUCCUCGGACAGCUCCAGUGAUUCGUCAUCGGAGUCGGAAUCGUCCACGAACGACUUGGAGGAGGAGAGAGCCCAGAGACUGGCCGAGCUACAGGAACAGCUCAAAGCUGUCCAUGAGCAGCUGGCGGCCCUCUCGCAGCCACAGGCCAGCAAACCAAAGAGGAAAGAGAAGGAGAAGAAGAAAGACAAGCACAAAAGGAAAGGAGCGGUGGAGGAGAUCCCGGAGCCGGCCAUUCAGUUCCCCAAGAAGACCAAGAACAACAACAACAACAGCAGCAGCAGCAGCAGCAACAACAACAACAAGGAGCUCCUGCCGAAGAAGACCAAGAAACCCAGUAAGAAGGAGGGAGGUGCGGUGAAGAACAACCGCUCUGCAGCCAUGGGCCAUCAGGCAGCGCUGCAGCCCCCAGCUCUGCAGCCCGUGUCUGGCUUGGGGGAGGGCCUGGAGGAGGACCCGGCUGCAGCCGGAGCCCCCGGGGAGAAGGGUAAGCCCAUGUCGUACGAGGAGAAGAGGCAGCUGAGUCUGGACAUCAACAAGCUGCCCGGCGACAAGCUGGGUCGUGUGGUCCACAUCAUCCAGUCCAGAGAGCCCUCGCUGAAGAACUCCAACCCCGACGAGAUCGAGAUCGACUUUGAGACGCUCAAGCCGUCCACGCUGAGAGAGCUGGAGAGAUACGUGUCGUCGUGCCUCCGCAAGAACAAGAAGAAGGUUCCUGUGGCAGAGAAGACCAUGGAGGCCAUGACGGCCGCCAAGACCAAGGCCAGCUCCUCCUCUGACUCGGACAGCAGCGACUCCAGCUCCUCAGACAGUGAUGAGGAGAAGGGAGUGGCUCCUAAACAGAAACAGAAGAAAGGCCACGGGACCAACGAAGGGAAGAAGCCCCAUCUCCACCAUGCCAUGUCUGGAGCUGGUCCGGUCCCCCAGGGCCACCCUCACGCCCAGGCUCCUGUCCUGCAGCCCAGCAUUCACCUGAAGCAACAGCAACAUAACCCCUCCCCCGCCACCUACAUGGCCCCUCCUCCCCCGGUAACGGUCACGGCGUUGGAGUCCUCCCAGCUGCUGGAGAACACGUUUGAUUCGCUGCCCCAUUUCGGCCAGCAGCCCCUCAUGCACCUGUCCCAGCACCACCACUCCUCGUCGCCUGCCGUGCCCCCCCACCUCAACGCUCAUUCCGCACCAGGGCCCGUGUCCCCGGAGACGCACCCAUUUCUCAACCAGCACCCCAUCCUCCCCAACCCUAACCCAGCUUUGCACAACGCCUUGCCCCAGCAGCCGUCUCGACCCAGCCAUAGGGCAGCAGCUCUACCUCCUAAACCCCCCCAGCAGCAGCAACCACCGCCCCAGCCAUCCCUACAACAACAACAACAACAGCUUCAGCCACAAGCCCCUCCACCCCAGCACCACCUCCCACCCCACAUCCUCCACCCCACCCCCCCUCAGUCCCUGCAGCAGCGGCCCUUGUCCCCUCCCACCCUCACCCCUCAGGGCCUGCUGUCCUCCCAGCCCCCCCAGAUGCUCCUGGAGGACGAUGAGGAGGUGAUUCCACCCUUACCCCAGAUGCAUCUCUACCUGCAGCAGGGACAGAGUCAGGGACAGAGCCAGGGAAGACCUGGCCAGCAACCACACAAUCCCCAGCAGAUCAUGCAGUCUCUCCAGGUUCGCCAACAACAGAACCAGGCUCCCCUCCUGCAGUCUGUACAGGUCCAGCCCUCCCAGACCUCCUCUCUUCAGCCCCCCCAGCUCUCAGUCCAGCCCCCCCAGCCCCAGUCCAAGCCCAUCCCCCCCUCGCGCCAGAUCCUACCCCCGCACCAAGUAGCCCGCCACCUGCAGCAGCAUGCCCAGAUGGGUUACCCCUCCCAGGGGCCGGUGGCACAGCAGACGGGUCACUCAGACAGGCAGGCCGCUGCAGGGCAACACAAGGGGUCAAUGCAGGCCUCCGCCAAAGCACAGCACAUCAUCCAGCAACAGCAACACCCCUCCCCUCGACAGAUCAAGGCUGAUCCAUAUAACAGUGGGCACCUAAGGGAGAACCCCUCCCCCAUCAUGAUGCAUUCCCCCCACCUCCCCCAGUAUCCCCCCAUAACGCACCAGUCUCCGCCACACAACCUGCAGCCCAAGAAAGAGCAGCGUGCGCCCCCGGCCCUAGUAGCCUUGAAAGAAGAGAAGUUGCCUCCCUCUCCGGUGAUGAGAGGAGGAGAGCCCUUCAGCCCAGCCAUGAGACAAGACCCUCACAAACACCCAGACAGCCACAGCAAGCCCUCUCUACCAGGCCACGCACAGCAGAAUGUGAAGUCGAUGGACAGCUCUCGGCCGGUCAUCCGUUCCUCAGAGCCCAGCGGUCCUCCCUCCUCCUCCUCCCUGCCAGACAAGGACAAGUUCAAACAGGAGCCCAAAACGCCCGUCGCCCCCAAAAAGGAUGUGAAACUGAAGAACAUGGGUUCGUGGGCCAGCCUGGCCCAGAAGUCCACGUCAGCGCCCUUGUCUGCAGUGAAGUCGUCUAGCGACAGCUUCGAGCAGUUCCGCCGGGCUGCCCGGGAGAAAGAGGAGAGGGAGAAGGCUCUUAAGGCCCAGGCAGAGCAGGCUGAGAGGGACAAACUGCGCCGGGAGCAGGAGAAAUUACGGGGUCGUGACCGGGAUGAUGAGGAUAUCCUGGAGCCUCAGCAGCAGUCGAGGAGGGUUCAUGAGGAGCCUCGAAGCAGACGUCUGGAGCAGCAGCAACACAUCCAGGCCACCCAGCCCCAGCAGCAACCCCAGGCACCAGCCCCCCAGGCCCAGCCCGCUGCCCUCCCCCAGCCGCCACAGGCCCCCACACCGCCCCAGCCCUCAGCCCAGGACCAGCAGAGGGAGCUAGCGCGACGCCGCGAGCAGGAGAGGAGGAGGAGAGAAGCGAUGGCGGCGACCAUCGACAUGAAUUUCCAAAGCGACCUGAUGGCUAUCUUUGAGGAGAACUUGUUCUGAUGACGAGGGAACCCCCAGAAACUUAAAACUGCAAAAAUAACACAACGGAAUAAUGAAUAUGGAAUGGAACAUUUCUUAUGAAAUGGAAUCUUCUGUAUGACAUCACAGGUGUGUGGGGGGGUUUAAUGAACCAA